CACAACGGCCGGAGCGGCGCCAUGUCCUGGUACCGGAGCGCCGUGUGGUUCCUGAAGGGGCUGCGGGAGUACACCAGGGGUGGCUAUGACUCUGCAUCCAAACACUUUGUUCCGGCAGAUUUGGAGGUAAAUGUAACCGGAAGAACCUUCAUGAUUACUGGAGCAAACAGUGGUAUUGGCAAAGCAACUGCAACGGAGAUAGCAAAGAGAGGUGGCACACUUCAUCUGGUUUGCAGAAAUAAAGAGAGAGCUGAAGAAGCUAAAAGAGAAAUAACAACAGAAACUGGUAAUCAGAAUAUCUUUUUGCACAUUCUGGAUAUGUCUAAUCCCAAGGGAAUUUGGGAGUUUGCUGAAAAAUUCAAGACUGAACAUAAGUUAAAUGUCUUGAUCAACAAUGCAGGCUGCAUGGUAAACAAAAGAGAACUAACAGAGGAUGGACUUGAAAAGAACUUUGCUACAAAUACCUUGGGUACAUACAUUCUCACAACUGCUCUGCUGCCUUUGAUGGAAAAAGAAGAUGAUCCCAGAGUUAUAAUUGUCUCUUCAGGAGGGAUGUUGGUUCAGAAAUUAGAUGUAUCUGAUUUGCAGUCCGAAAACGUAACAUUUGAUGGUACUAUGGUCUAUGCCCAAAACAAGAGACAGCAAGUAGUCUUGACAGAACAAUGGGCUAAAGUGCACAAAAACAUCCAUUUCUCUGCCAUGCAUCCUGGCUGGGCAGAUACACCAGCGGUGAGAUCAGCGAUGCCAGAGUUCUAUGAAAAGAUGAAGAACAAACUACGCACAGAGGCUCAGGGAGCCGAUACAGUAGUAUGGCUGGCAGUCUCACCUGCAGCAGCUAAGCAAACAAGCGGCCUGUUCUUCCAAGACCGGCAACCUGUUUCUACCCACUUGCUCUUGGCCAGAACAUACUCUUCACCAGAGGAGGAAGAGAAGCUAAUAGAAGCUUUGGAAGAGCUUUCCCAGAAAUUUAAACCCACUUGAUCAUGGCUUUAGGCAUUUAUCACUACUCAACUGAACAGAAACGAAGCUUUGAAUUGCAAUACUA